AAUUUCGGAUGAUCAGUGUUGUGUGAAUUUUGUGUGUGUGUUUUUUUAUUUUUUGUUUUGUUUGGUGUGUUUCAUUCAUUCAUUCAUUGAACUAAGAUAAUAUUUCUAACAAAUUCGUCCAAAAAAAAACACACACUCACAUUGAUUUCAUUUUAUUUUGUUCAUUGUAAAUUUUUAUAAUCUUGUGGCCAUUUUGUAUUCAGUGGUCAACCGAUCAAAUCUAUUCACCUCAUCAUCGAUUAUUAUCGAAAGAAAAAUUGUGAUUCUCAUCUCGUCUGUGUGAUCAAUAAAUUUCGUUCAUCUCUUUUUCAAAUAAAUAAUAAAUCAUGCGUUUUGCAGUGGCCUGCCUUUGUUUGGUAGCUGCCGCACACACUAGUCUCGCUUCCGGUGGUGGUGGCGGCGGUGGCUAUGGUGGUGGUGGCUCAAGCGGUGGUGGUGGUGGCUAUGGAGGUGGUGGUAUGAGUGGUGGCGGUGGUGGAUAUGGCGGUGGUGGCUCCGGUGGUGGAGGAUAUGGCGGAGGUGGCUCUAGCGGCGGUGGUGGUGGCUAUGGAGGUAUUUCGCAUCUUUCUAUGAUUUUUCUUCAAUUUUUUCUGAAAAUCUCAUCUGUUUAA